AUGACCUCAGCAUCCAAAGGAAUUCUCCGCCCAUUUUUAAUUGUCUGCAUUAUCCUGGCCUGCUUCAUGGUGUGUCUGUUCAUUUACAUCAAGCCCACCAACAGCUGGAUCUUCAGCCCGAUGGAGUCAGCCAGCUCAGUGUUGAAAAUGAAAAAUUUCUUCUCCACCAAAACUGGUGAUUUUAAUGAAACUACUAUUCUGAUUUGGGUGUGGCCAUUUGGGCAGACCUUUGACCUUACAUCUUGCCAAGCAAUGUUCAACAUCCAAGGAUGCCAUCUCACGACAGACCGUUCUCUGUACAACAAGUCCCACGCAGUUCUGAUCCACCACCGAGACAUCAGUUGGGAUCUGACCAAUUUACCUCAGCAGGCGAGGCCACCCUUCCAGAAAUGGAUUUGGAUGAAUCUGGAGUCACCGACUCACACACCGCAGAAGAGUGGCAUUGAGCACCUGUUCAACCUGACUCUGACUUAUCGCCGUGACUCAGAUAUCCAAGUGCCUUAUGGUUUCUUGACCGUAAGCACAAACCCCUUCGUGUUUGAAGUGCCAAACAAAGAGAAGUUAGUGUGCUGGGUUGUAAGUAACUGGAACCCUGAGCAUGCCAGGGUCAAGUAUUACAAUGAGCUAAGCAAAAGCAUUGAAAUCCAUACCUAUGGGCAAGCAUUUGGAGAAUACGUGACUGAUAAAAAUUUGAUUCCUACCAUAUCUACUUGCAAAUUUUAUCUUUCCUUUGAAAACUCAAUCCACAAAGAUUAUAUCACAGAAAAGCUCUACAAUGCUUUUCUGGCUGGCUCUGUGCCUGUUGUUUUGGGGCCAUCUAGGGAAAACUAUGAGAAUUAUAUUCCAGCAGAUUCAUUCAUUCAUGUGGAAGAUUAUAACUCUCCAAGUGAGCUAGCUAAGUAUCUGAAGGAAGUAGACAAAAACAAUAAAUUAUACCUUAGUUACUUUAACUGGAGGAAAGAUUUCACAGUAAAUCUUCCUCGAUUUUGGGAAUCACAUGCAUGCUUGGCUUGUGACCAUGUGAAAAGGCAUCAAGAGUAUAAAUCCGUUGGUAAUUUAGAGAAAUGGUUUUGGAAUUAA